AUGCUGUCCCCAUCAACCAAUCCCAGCACAGCAGCAGGCGUCUCGGCGCCGCCUCUGCCUCCCGUGGCCAGCCUGGCUUCCGUUCUUUCCUCUUCUGCGUGCCCCUUCAGUCCCACAGCUGACCCAACGGUUGGCACCUCCAUGAGCUUUCCUACUCUCGCUACGGUUGAGAGCGGUUCCACAACUCCUGCUGCUGCCACUCCCACUACCAGUACCUGUGGUGGUGUCUCGGCGUUGAAUAUGAGAGUUGAGAUGCUGCAGCGGCUGCUGUCGCCGCCGUCACGAGACAGCAUGAGGGCACAGACUCUCGUUCAUGCUGCAGCCAGCGCAUCUGGCGCCACCUCUGCCUUUGACGUUAGUCCCGUUGCUGCUGCUGGAAUUAGGGGCUGCCCCGUCGCUGCUAAAGAGGAAGGGCUGCCGUCCCUGCCGGCGUGUGUUGCAAUGCUGGCGGCUCUGGGCGCUGGCGUCCUGCUCAACGCACCUGUGGCUCCUGCUGUGUCUACUGCUGCUGCCCCUGCUGCUCCUGCUCUGGCUCCUGCUGCUCAUUCUCUGGCCACUCCUGUUUUUCCUGCUGCUCCGCCUGCUGCUGCUCCUUCCGAAGCCCCGCCUGCACAAGCAGCGGCAAUGCUCGGAAGCUACUCGACCCUGCCCCUCCCUCCCCCUUCACGCGGGAUUAUCCCAGGCACUUCCCUCUCCGAACCAGUCACUCCUCAGAACCGCAAUGCAAGCCUUCAUUCUGCCACCACUGGUGCCAGCACUGGUGCGGUCUCAAGAAAAAGGUCAUGGCAGCAGGCUGUGAUGCCUAUACAGUCACACCAGGCUGCUCAUACAAUCACAUUAGAGGACGGCAAGCUGACGGCUUUGCUGUUAGAAAUGGAGGAGGAGGAGAGGAGGGCAUGGGAGGCUCCGUGGGUUCAGCGACCAGAGCAGGUUCGGCCGCUGCUGCCAGGAUUCACCAGCCCUCAGCAAGUGCAGGAUGAGCUGCAGGCAGUAUUGGAUGCGGUGCCGAAUAUACCUCAGAUUAGCCCAGCAAAUCGUGUCCACGUGCCAGCUCAGCAGCAACCAGCACAACGUGUCCAUGUGCCAGCUCAGCAGCCACCCAUGCAUGCCUCGCUGGACUUUCUGCUGCAGCAGCUGGAGGAGACACAGGAGUAUGAGAUGAUGCUACUGGCUCAGGCAAUGGAAGCGCAGAGGAAGGAGGGAAAACGGGUUUUUGCUCUCCACCCUCCGGCUGGAAGCAACGCUGAAGUUGCCAAGGACCUGCUGACCCGCUACGGAGCGGCAUACCUUGGGACCUCCAUUGUCCUUACUCACCCUGCGCCCCCCACCCUCCCCCAACACCCCUCUCCCCCCUCGCUUCCCUUCCCUCCUCCCUCUCUGAAGGCUGGAAGCAACGCGGAAGUUGCAAAGGACCUGCUGACCCGCUAUGGAGGGGCGUACCUUGGGACUUCCAUCGCCCUCUCCCUCGUCUCCUUCUCCCUCUGCUACCUGCUCGUUGACCAAGGCGUUGACGUGGCUGGGCUCCUUGACUCGUUCGGCCUGCAUGUGGACAGCACGGGAGAAGCAGUGGGGACCUCCGCCACAGCUUGUGCUGCCCGCAAGGCCCCCUUUGGGUCUGCAUGUGGACAGCACAGGGGAGGCGGUGGGUACCUUUCCAUUGCCUAUGCGGCCCAUAAGACCCUCAGUCCCCACGGGAGAGGCAGUGGGCACCUUCGCCAUUGCCUAUGCAGCCCACAAGGCCCUCUCUCCCGUCCGUUUCCCCCCCACCGUCGCUCUCACUCCUGUGGUGGCCGGCUGGCUUGGAAAGAACAAGGAGGAGGGGGAGAGCAAGGGGGAGUGAGGGAGGAGACAGGGAGGAGAGAGCGCAACAGUGAGGGGAGUAGGCGCUCUCUCCUGUGCGUGCCCCACUGUCGCCUCACUCCCGUGGUGGCUGUCUGGCCGGGGAAGAGCAAGGAGGAGUGGGUGUGA